AUGCAGUCCCACUUCAGUGUUGGAGCACCAGGAAGUACAAUACUCGUCACAACACGUGAAGAAAAAGUUGCAAAAUUGAUUGGAGCCACUGAAGUGUACAAUUUGAAGGUUCUAUCAGAUGAAGAGUGUCUGAAUGUAUUUAUGCAACAUAUUAACAAUCACAGACCACCAAAUUUUGAUGCAGUAUUUGCCAAGAAAAUUGUUGAAAAAUGCAAUGGACUGCCAUUGGCGGCAAAAACUCUUGGUGGUAUUUUACGUUGUGAAGAAGUUGACAGAUGGAAUGAAGUAUUGGAUGACAAGUUGUGGAGUAUAUCAAAUAACGAGAGUAGCAUACUCCCAGUUUUGAAGCUGAGUUAUCAUUAUCUUCCUUCAACUUUAAAGAGGUGCUUUGCCUAUUGCUCAAUAUUUCCCAAUAACUAUGAAUUUAAGAAGAAGCAAUUAAUCCUUCUAUGGAUGGCAGAGGGUAUUCUUCAGCAGCCAGAAGGAAGUAACCAGAUGGAAGAUAUUGGUGGCAACUAUUUUGAGGAGCUGUUAUCUAGGUCAUUAUUUCAAAAGUCGAGCAAAAGUAAUUCACUUUAUGUAAUGCAUGAACUUGUUGGUGAUUUGGCACGGUGGGCCUCUGGUGAUACAUAUUUCAAAUUGGAGGAUAAGGUGGAUGGCAAAUGCUCUCCAAAGACUCGUCAUUCUUCUUACAUUUCCGGUAAGUUUGAUGGGGUCACCAAAUUUGAAAAGGCAUUCUCUGAAGCAAAGAGUUUACGAACUUUCCUACAACUUUCAAUCUCACAUGGUCAUGAGAAUUAUCUAACUUGUAAGGUUACUUUUGAGAAGUUGCCAAAGUUAGUGUUUACGAGUACUUUCUUUGAAUGGCUAUCAAAUAAGUCUAUUGCCGGAAUCAAUUGGUCAUCUGAAGCAUCUACGGUACCUUGA